AUGACGGCCGUCAACAGAACGUUGAUCUUCAUACGAGGUCAUCUGAAUCACCCCGAGUCUCCUGAGAUCUCCAUCAACGAAGAGAGUAUCGCAUAUGCACUAACAUGGGGCUCCCAAGGGUUUGACGAGCCCUCUAACUUCAGUGACCUGCCAUCCAUCGACCAUGCUCUCUACCUGGCAAAUGCCGCCAAGUUCCACGUCGGCCAACUAUUCCACCUGCUGGGCGACCAAGAGUUCAUGCGCCAUUUACACGAGUUCUACGAGAACCCAGAAAAGAAGGCGAAGAGCUCGAGGAUCUGGUUUGUGCAGUUUCUCGCGGUUACAAGCUUGGGCAAGUCAUGUGGCACGUCGAGUCGGCCUGGCGCACGAUCUCCUCCGGGGUCCGACUUGUUCAUCCGAGCCAUGUCUCUUUUACCAGAUCCAUCAUAUCUAUUCAAUGACCCUUUGACUGCGAUAGAGAUACUCUGCACCAUUUCGCUAUAUCUGCAAUCAGUUGACAUGCGAAAUUCGGCAUUCAUAUAUAUCGGCCAAGCACUUCGAAUGUCUCUCCUUUUCGGCAUCCACUUGGAGAGACCAUCCAAAGACUGGGAUCCUCGCGUGGUAGAACGGUGUCAAAAGGUCUGGUGGACGGUGUACAUCCUGGACCGCGCCUUUACAUCGUCUCAGGGCGUCCCUCUGUCUUCGAUACAAGACCAUGAGAUCACCACGCCACUGCCAAAGACCCAAGUAUCUCGCGAAGGUACAGCUAUUCACGUCCACGUGAAGCUGGCGAGAGUCACCACUGAAGCUGUGAACAGGGUGUACGGCGCGAACAAUCGACUGGGCGCGAAUUUUCUGUCCGGCAUUCAACUUGUGCUCCGAGAUAUUGCCUCUAUUGCCGGCGACCUGAAUAGGUUAUUCCCUCUGUCCUUUGAUGGUUCGGUAGGGGCAUUUCGCGAGUGGCUGCACAUCUACAUCUUUACUACCAUCAGGGAACCGCGGAAUCUCUUUGUGACAUCCAAGGCACUUGUCAAAACGUGCACAGACUCUUGCCAUAAGAUGCUACAGAUCGUGGGAGUAUUACAUGAACAAAGCCUUUCAGAACGCACCUUUUUGGCAUCCUUUGUUCUGGUAAUGAUAUCUGUCAUCAUCCCGUCUUCGCCGGUGGAUAGCAACCAACGCAACAAGUCUCACGUCUUCUUGGAGGAGAUGGUUAGGCGAGGAUCCAUUCCAGCUGAGUUUCGCAAGUCUGAACUCGAGCUGCUUGAGUUGGCGGGGCUGUGGAAUUCCCAGCUAUCAAGCACCCUCGCCCAGGAAUCAACCUCGGCUCAAGAUACUCAGCCUCAGCGACCCGCUGCUCAAAGCAUUGAACUUCCACCUGAAGUCAGCCUGCCUCUCAACGACAUAUCCAUAGCCAAUCUUCUGUCGCCUGGUCAGUUGCUGGAUGUUGUGAAAAUGGUGGAUGCCAAUCACGUCAAUAUAGUGCAAAGCAAUGAAUGGUUAAACUCGUGGAUUUGGGAGGGUAUGCCGAUGUUGUCGGAUGAUCGGGAUUGCCAGGGCAGGCAAGGGGACUCUGGGAGUCCCAACACACUGUAA